CCCCAUCUCAAAAUGUGCCCUCCCCAUCCGCCCUUUUCCGCGACGAGCUCCGUGUGUGAGAAAGUCCCGAUGUGAUGUGACAUAAGAGGAAGAAGGAAGAAUUGCAUCAUCAGCCUCUCCUCUCCUCUGCUCCGCUCUCCUCCCUCUUCCCUCCCUCCUCCCCUCAUCCAUCCUUCAUCAACACAGACGAUGCGAACACAGCACAUCUGCCCAGAGGAAGCACAACAAAGGAGCGCGCUGCGGAGCGGGGCGCCGUCACCCCCUGUCGCUGCCACCCCUUCCUCCACCUUCGUGUGCUUUUGUGCAGCAUCGCCUGAACGCACGUUGCCGCCGUCGGGCUUCAUCAGAGCUCUGGCUCUCCGGAGAGGGAGAAGAUGGCUGCCAUGAAGAUCCUGACAAGCGCCGGCCUCUUCAUGGCUUUCUGCGCGCUGGGGCUGCUUGCCAUGGCCAUUUGCACUGACUACUGGUACGAGACGGACGCGCGACGCCACCGCGAGCGCUGCAAGAACUACGCCAACAAGAGGACUGACCCGGGUUACAUUUACCACAACCACAACCUGCCUCUCCGAAUGCCUCCCAGAGACGAUUCGAGGAGGACGGAGCCUCUGCCCCGAGUUCGGCGGCAUUUUACCGUCGGAGCCUUGGCCACCGAAUCGCACUGCAACCGCCAGUUCAACUCGACCAUCUCGGGACUCUGGAGGAAGUGCCUUCGGGAAGGCUUCGAUAUCGAGACCGAGGACCUCAUCGAUAAAGGUGUGGUGCAGCGCUGCACGCCAGUGAAGUACCACUACUCUUCCUCUACGCUUCCAAGGAAUCUUCCCAUCAAUGUCACCAAGACAAUCCGACAGGAUGAAUGGCACGCCCUGCAUCUGCGCCGGAUGACAGCGGGAUUCAUUGGAAUGGCAGUCUCCAUCAUCUUGUUUGGAUGGAUCAUCGGAGUGUUGGGGUGCUGCAAGCAACAUGACUUAAUGCAAUAUGUGGCUGGCCUGCUGUUCCUCAUGGGAGGGACCUGCUGCAUCAUCUCUCUGUGCACCUGUGUGGCCGGGAUCAACUUUGAACUGUCACGAUACCCACGGCAGAUGUAUGGACUUCCAGAGGACAUCAGCCACGGCUAUGGCUGGUCAAUGUUCUGUGCCUGGGGUGGGCUGGGCCUGACCUUGCUAGCCGGCUUCCUUUGUACAUUAGCCCCAUCUCUCAGUGCCCCUCGUACAAUGGUGCAGAAACCGCGGCAUGAGAAUGGCACUGUCUGACACUUGAGCAGCAGCCGAGUGGCCACAGCAGACUGACGCCAGGCCAUCCAACACCACCAGGAUGCGAAAGGCUGUCCAAACAGACCUCAAACUUUUGCCAAGCGCAGGCGACUACACCAACGAGACUUUCAUUAUAAUGGUGCUCUAAGAACUUUUCCCACUUCAGUAUUUGGACUGCAUUGUCUUGUGCGUGGACUUGGAUGGACUGUCCUGUGUGUGUUAUUGGUUUAAAAAAAAAAAAAAAAAUUAAAAAAGCAAAACACAGCAAGCAAGCAGGGAAGCAGAGCGCUAUAGUGGGGUGAAGCCCUGCUACUCUCGAGACGACUGUCUCCCCCAAUUUACAGACAGACCUUUUUCAUACUUUCUGCUGCACCCCUUUGGCGAACUCUUUGGAAAUGUGCUUGUUGGAUUAAUGCAGAAGAGCAGUGCAAAACACCGAUGGAGGGGACCUCUGGGAGCCCUCUGCAUGCCGGUCCACCCUCCCUGUGGCACUGACAAGAAGCUUGCCAUUCAGGCCUAAGCAGGCAGGAUUGCAACACGUUGGACAUGUGGAGUCCCCAAGGGUUGGUAGAGCCUUGUCCCGACAGAGUGGUGUCUACGGGGCAAAAAGGUUCAAAAUAGUUUAACCUUGGUCUCGUCACCCACUGAGAUUCUACUAGCCGACGAACCAUUAAGUCUGGGACCCGCAGGAAUUUAGUGCAAAUCCAAAUCCUGCAUUGACAAUCUGUCCAGGUUGCCCACUUAAGUCCAUAUGCUGCCACAACUGAGGAAGACAGACUGAUGUCUGUGUGAGCCAUUCUCUCAAGUAGGCCAGCACACAAGCUUGGGUUUGACAUGAGAAUGUCGGGAAUCAGUUGCACAAAAGGUUUCACAUCAUAAUAACUACAGCAUUUCCAACUGGUGGCGCUGUGUGACCACCCCACCCCUGGGGUUUUGACGCUGCACAUUCUGCCAAAUACUCUUCUUCAAAUUCUUCCCUCAGCUUUGACGCCACUCACUAUGCCAUCACAAUGUGUGUGCGCUUCGGGAGUGUAUGAAAUCGAUCUAAAGAGGUCAAAAACUGAGAAUCUGAAGAAGUUACUCCACUGGUAACGCGGAAAGCACAAUUUUAUAAACAAUGCAAAACGACUGAAGGAGAAAACGCCAGCAAGUUCAUUUCAAGGCGCCGGUGUGCAGAUCACAGAGGAGAGUAUUUUGUACAGAACUGCCUAACCGUUUCGCAUUUAUAUGGUGUCAUGAUGCUUUAUUUGUACAAAUAUUUCAGAAAUAGAUUUCUUGAAAUACCAUAACAUAAUUUGAACUUUUUUUUUUAUUUAUUAUUAUUUAUUUAUACCAUUACUGGAAAAGGACAUUGGCACUGCCAAGCAUGAGAACAUGAGGAAAUUUUAUUUCAAUGUAUUAAGAGCUCAUUUUUUAAAAAUUUUUAUUUAAAGAUGUACAUUCUAUUAAAAUGUUAAAUUAAUGUG